AUGUUCUCGGAUGAGAAGAAAAGGCCACACUUCAAGCGCCAAGUUGAGAAGUGCUUUGCCUUUGCUCAGUCGGGAACGUACAGGCGAGGAAGCCUUCGGGCUUGGGGCGAGUUGCAGUUGUCCGAAGAUGGGGUGGAAGUGUCAGCACGCU